GAAGGUUUUUGAAAUACAGGCUUUAGGAUGCGGAUUGUUGCCCAUCCUCACGCUUAUCGUAAACUGGAGACUGAAUCACCCCAGUGAUCAAUGCUAAUUACAGAAAAGCAUGUGUGCAGAGUUUGGUGGCAGAAUAUUUAAGGUAUGUGGGCAGUCUGUGGCAAAUACAUCUGAAGAAAGCGUGGCUGGCUAAAGAGUCAGCUGAACUUGUGUAUGGAGACACAGAAGUGCCAGCAAGCCCAGGAAAAGAACUAAUUGGAAGACUAUUGCUAGACACAGAAGAAUUGGAACUAUUAACUUCUGCAACGGACAGUGACUAAGAAUAAAUACAUUGGUAAAAACAUCAGCAGUGAAAAGGCAGACUGGUGUUUUUUCAUUCUCUGUUGGAUUUUAUUACUUAAGAGACAUUUUCGUCAUCCCAUUUAAUUCAUCUUGAAGUUCUCUGUACAUAAAACUAUAACUGGACAAUUGUAUUUUAAUACUGUUUAAUAGCACUUUUGAAUGUUAAGUCGUUUGCCAAGAUGAGUGCUGAGGGAUACCAAUACAGAGCUUUAUAUGACUACAAAAAGGAGCGAGAAGAAGACAUUGACUUGCACUUAGGAGAUAUAUUAACUGUGAAUAAAGGUUCCUUACUAGCACUUGGAUUCAGUGAAGGGGAAGAAGCAAAGCCUGAGGAAAUUGGUUGGUUGAAUGGCUUUAAUGAAACCACAGGGGAGAGGGGGGAUUUCCCAGGAACUUAUGUAGAGUACAUUGGAAGAAAAAAAAUAUCUCCCCCUACUCCAAAGCCUCGUCCUCCUCGGCCUCUUCCAGUAGCACCGAGUCCUGCAAAAACUGAAUCAGAGAGUGAGCAACAAGCUUUUUCACUUCCGGACCUUACAGAGCAGUUCACACCUCCUGAUGUUGCUCCACCUAUUCUUGUCAAGAUAGUAGAGACAAUUGAAAAGAAAGGUCUGGAGUAUUCAACUUUGUAUGGAGCACAAGGCUCAAGCAGCGCAGUGGAAUUAAGACAAAUUUUUGAAUGUGAUGCCUCCUCAUCAGAUUUAGAGACAUUUGAUGUUCACACUUUAUCAGAUGCUCUCAAGAGAUAUAUCCUGGACCUGCCAAAUCCCAUCAUUCCAGCAGCUGUUUACAGUGACAUGAUUUCUGUAGCUCAAGAAGUGCAGAGCUCAGAGGAAUAUGCUCAGUUGCUGAAGAAACUGAUCAGAUCUCCAAAUAUACCUCCCCAAUAUUGGCUCACACUCCAGUAUUUGCUCAAACAUUUCCUCAGAGUUUGUCAAGCCUCCAGCAAAAAUCUCUUGAAUGCAAGGUCUCUGGCUGAAAUUUUCAGCCCUCUGCUUUUUAAAUUCCAGAUAGCAAGCUCUGAUAAUACAGAACACCACAUAAAAAUCCUAGAGGUUUUAAUCACAAGUGAAUGGAACGAGAGACAGCCUGUACCAGCACUGCCUCCUAAGCCACCGAAACCUAAUAGCGUAACUAACAAUAGCAUGAAUAACAACAUGUCAUUACAAGACGCAGAAUGGUACUGGGGGGAUAUCUCAAGAGAAGAAGUAAAUGAGAAGCUUCGAGACACAGCUGAUGGUACCUUUUUGGUACGAGAUGCUUCCACCAAAAUGCAUGGGGACUACACACUGACACUGAGGAAAGGAGGAAAUAACAAGUUAAUCAAAAUUUUUCACCGAGAUGGAAAAUAUGGCUUUUCUGACCCAUUAACGUUCAACUCUGUGGUCGAGCUAAUAAACCACUACCGGAAUGAAUCUCUAGCCCAGUAUAAUCCUAAACUGGAUGUAAAAUUACUCUACCCAGUAUCUAAGUACCAGCAGGAUCAAGUUGUAAAAGAGGAUAGCAUUGAAGCAGUAGGAAAGAAAUUGCAUGAAUAUAAUACCCAGUUCCAAGAAAAAAGCAGAGAAUAUGACAGGCUCUAUGAAGACUACACAAGAACAUCUCAGGAAAUUCAAAUGAAAAGAACAGCCAUUGAGGCAUUUAAUGAAACAAUAAAAAUAUUUGAAGAGCAGUGCCAAACACAAGAAAGAUACAGUAAGGAAUACAUUGAAAAAUUUAAACGGGAAGGAAAUGACAAAGAAAUACAAAGAAUCAUGCACAAUUAUGAAAAACUGAAGUCUCGGAUAAGUGAAAUUGUGGACAGCAGGCGCAGAUUAGAAGAAGACUUAAAAAAGCAAGCAGCUGAAUAUAGAGAGAUAGACAAGCGUAUGAACAGCAUUAAGCCAGACCUCAUACAGCUGAGGAAGACAAGAGAUCAGUACUUGAUGUGGCUGACUCAAAAAGGCGUUCGGCAAAAGAAGCUAAAUGAAUGGCUUGGAAAUGAAAAUGCAGAAGACCAAUACUCUAUGGUAGAAGAUGAUGAGGACUUGCCCCAUCAUGAUGAGAGAACGUGGAAUGUGGGAAAUAUCAACAGAAGCCAAGCUGAAAAUCUGCUACGGGGAAAACGAGAUGGAACAUUCCUUGUUCGAGAGAGCAGCAAACAAGGCUGCUAUGCCUGCUCUGUUGUGGUGGAUGGCGAAGUAAAGCACUGUGUGAUAAACAAAACACCUACUGGGUAUGGAUUUGCAGAGCCAUAUAACUUGUACAACUCGCUCAAAGAACUGGUGCUACAUUACCAACACACGUCACUUGUGCAGCACAAUGAUUCUCUCAAUGUCACACUAGCCUACCCAGUAUAUGCGCAGCAGAGGCGAUGAAGAUCUUAAUACUCUGGGUUGUUUGUUGCUUUUUUUUAAAGAAAUUUGGCAACAUUGAGGCCUCUGGAGAGACAAGGCUCCUUUCAGCUUUACUCAAGAAUUUGCAGUAUCAAAGCUAUCUGUCUUCAGAUGGGACUAAAGAUUUCCUUCACAACUGCAGUGGGAGAGAUCACAGUGUUUUACUGUGAAUGUAUGUUUGUAACCUGAAGUACCUUUUUUCUUUUUUUUUUUUGUAAUUAUAAAAGAAAAACACAAGAGAAAAUCCUAACCUGAUCUCCCUGCAGGGACAUAGAGGCCUUUAAGCAUGGUGCUUGUUUACGACCACUUCUGAAGCUUUACCAGCUAGAAUUUUGGAUUAACCAGACACAAGGUAUAAGAGGUCUGUGUCAUUCAGUUAUUGGAAUUUUGUGGUCACAGUCUGACUUGGAAUGGUGUUGCUGCACUCAGUGGAUCCAGACAUACAGCAUCGUGGUUCUAGUUUGGUUUCUGGUGAAUGAUAUGUAGCAGAGUGGCACUUUCAUUUCUAAGGGACACUUUAAAAGGACUUCAGUUACAGUAUGUUGUUCAGAGUAAUUGUAAUAGCAAAGUGCCAGGAAGUGUUUUGUUUAGAUGAUUAAAAAUCCUGUUUUAAGAAUAUAUUUAAGACUGAAGAAAACAGGAUUUUCAAUGGCAUACAGUGUAUAAUAAUGUACAUAGUACUGGAUGACUAACUGUCAUUGAUGGAAAACUGUCAAUACCAAACUGCUUUGUUUUUUCCUUUUCUGUUCGCUGAAAGCUGAAUUUUUAGAUUAUGCUAUGCAAUACUGGAUUUUCUUUAGGCUGUAGUCUUCUCUCAAGCAUAUCUACAGAUUAAGCUUGUUUCUCUUGUUUUUUUGUCUUCUCUUUUUAUUUCUUUUGCCUAAGGAUAUUUUUUUCUGGUGAUUAU